AAGAUACUCUGAGACCGGCAUGGUCACUCCAGCCACCUGCCCUAGGUGUCCCACGAAUGCAGUGACAUCGUCAUCUUUGAUCUUGGCGCUUAGUGUAACUUCCGAGACAAGCAUCUAUUGUGCCAACCAGCCACCAGCAGCAUGGAAAUGCACGUGGAGUAUGCCCUACACCCUUCCUCCUCAUCUCCCACUAGCUUAUCCCCAGUCCCUACCUAUCAUUCAUCCACCACUUAUUCCAUAACUCUAGAAACAGCCCAUUCACGGCCUUCGCUAUAUGCUUCAUUGUGUCAUCAUGACUGGUACAUCGGAAGGCCAAUCGAUCAGACUUGAAGUCAUUAGCGGAAAAAAUCUCAGCGUGCCCUCUGGUCGCAUACCCGCAGGCAUUUACGUGUCCGUCAAUGUGAACCCGAGGAGAUGCUGGAAAUCAACCAUCCGAAUCCUAUCAUCCGAUGUCUCUGUAACGUGGGACGAUACUGUAACCUUUUCGCGGGACGCAUUAGCCACUAGAUUAUCACUAGAAAUACGUGCAUCCUUUGAGCUCGGUCGAAUGUUAGGUGAUGGGGAAGUCAUCAGCAAACUCGAGACCUGGUGGAAUGAGCUGCUCGAUCAUGGAGAUGAGCUGUUUGAUCUGUCCUUCCCACCCAUUCGUGAUGUAUGCCCUUCCCUCACGCUGAAGGCCACUGUUGUCCAUGUCCGCAGUAGCCGGCUCGAUUCCAUUACUGGAUGCAGAAUUGCUCGUCUCACAGAUGAGGGCCACGCACAAUUUGCCAAAUACAUGGCAAACGAGAACGCCUCUGACCUGAAUAAUGCUGUACAACGUUUUCAGUUCCUUCUGGACCGGCGUCCUGUCGGCCAUCCUGACCGUGCUGCUGCUCUCACCAACCUCGCGUGGGCUCGCCUUCAAGGUUAUAUUCGUAAGAAUAUUCAAGACAUUGAUUUCACCAUCUCUCUUUUCCGCGACGCCCUUGCAUUGCGUCCGCAGGGCCACCCUGACCGUCCAUCAUCAAUCUAUCAUCUCACCGAAGCGCUGAGACUGUGCCAUAUUAAGCAAGAUACCCCCCCUGACAUUCGUGAAUCCGCCCCACUCUACCACGAGCUACUAGCUCUCUGUCCUGAGGGCACCUAUCUUCGGAGCAUCAUAGCAGGGGAUGAUGGUGUGGAUUAUGUGAUCCGCACAUGCAACAAUCUUCCAAUAGAUGUAUUUGAUGAUGCCAUCCAACUUCGACGAGUGGUGCUCAAGCUCUGUUCUCUGGGCAAUCAACACCGUCCCAGGGCCCUCGACAAGCUUGCACAGGUAGUUGAAGCACGCUUUGAUAGACACGGUUGCAUCGAGGAUCUUGAAGAGAACAUAAAGCUUCGUCGUGGAGCCGUUUCUCUGUGCCCCGAGGGACAUCCUGACCGUGCUGAAUAUCUGAAUAACUUGGCUUACUCAAUCAAAUCCCGCUUCGAUCACCAGGGCAAAUCAGAUGACCUCGAUGAGGCCAUAUCUCUAUUUGAUGAAGCACUGUGCCUGUGCCCUAUUGGGCAUGAAUUUCGUGAUGCAUCAUUGGACAACCUAGGGCGAGCCUUACGCAGCCGUUUCUGCCAACGCAGCGAUAAAAACGACAUCGACAAGGCUAUUGACUUCCUUCGCGAGGCGCUGACACUGUGCCCACCUGGGCAUCCAACUCGUUACAUCACACUUCACAACCUUGCCGUCACACUCAAAACCAGAUACGAUGAAUUGCAAACCAACGAAGAUCUGAACGAGGCCACCAAUCUGUUCCGCGAGUCAUUUCAGUUAACGCAGCCUGACGAUCCAAUGCGUCAUCGAUAUCUUUACAAUUUGAGCUCGGCACUCUGCUCUCGUUUCACACAAAAUCAGGCAAAUGAAGAUAUUGAGGAGGCCAUUGGUCUCUGCGAAGAAUCACUGGCAAAUUUGCCACCACUCCACCCCGACAGGUACUACCCUUAUUUCAGGUUAAGGGAGGCCUAUAUGUCUCGCUACCUGAUCCAGCACAACCCCGAUGAUUUGUCGCUCGCAAUAGAGAACUUCAGACGGGCAUCACAACACCCCACGCAAGGAUUUCCGGGACGCAUUAAGGAGGUUAUUAAAUGGGCUCGCCAAGCCGAAGUCCAUCAACAUGAAUCUGCCCUUGAAGCAUACCAAGUUUACUUAGAGCUUUUCGACAACCAUAUGAUGACGCGAUCCUCCAUUAUCUCACGACGCGAUGCUGCAACCACUUUUCGUGGCGCACAAUCACUCCCAGUAGAUGCAGCAUCAUGCGCUAUUCGUCGCAAUGAUCUGCAACGAGCGGUUGAGCUUGAGGAGCAGGGGCGCGGCCAACAAUGGUCGCUGGCCUCACGACUCAGGACUCCGCUGGACGAUCUCAAAUCUGCAAGUUUGCCACUCGCGAACAAACUAUCAGAGCUCAGCAAGCGCCUGUCUGAUGCUCAGGGUUCCACGGGCAGUGCAGACAGAGCUGCUGCUGAUCGGGUAGCAGUAGAGUACAGAAAACUUGCGGAGCAGUGGGAAGCUGCAGUGGCUGAAAUCCGCCAUCUUCAAGGAUUCUCGCGGUUCCUGCUCCCAUUGAUGUAUGAAGAUUUGCAAGUGGCAGCGCGUCAUGGCCCAGUCAUCAUCCUCAUCGCGAGCGAAUACUCCCGCAAUGCUAUCAUAAUCCCAACGUCAGGGAAGCCACAUCAUAUUCCCUUCCCAGAUCUCGCUCUCGCAGAUCUGGAGAAGCUCAAGGACGAUUUUGCCAAGGCGAUACGACAAGCAUCUUUUAUGGGCCCAAAGCAGCCAAGGACAAAUCUGAUAGUACUCUUGCGGAAGAUCUGGGACGAGGUCAUGUUACCCAUCGUCAGGGUACUCCAGCGUGAUCUGAGAUUGCCGGGUCGCUCUCGAAUCUGGCUGUGUCCGACAGCAGCAUUCACGUCCAUUCCUCUUCAUGCAGCUCACCCGUUUCGAACGAAGGCGGAUCGCUCUGGGCAGGAGCUAUGCCUGGAGGAUAUUUAUAUCUGCUCUUACACACCCACACUUUCGGCUCUGAUUAGAGCUCGACAGAUGAUGAAGACGCGCGUGACCCCGUCCUUCAUAGCAAUCGGACAAGGUCAACCAGGUGCAGGGCAAGGCAAGGAGCUCUUGACUGUCGAGAGUGAGCUUGAGCUAGUCCGCUCGCUUGUCCCCGCAAUGGCCAACCCCACCACUCUUUCUGGUGAUGCAGCGACACGAGCCGGUGCACUCGAAGCUCUGCAAAGCAACACAUGGGUGCACCUCGCUUGUCAUGGCAAGCAAGACCAUGACCAGCCAUACUAUUCACAUUUUGCUAUGAAAGACGAACCCCUCACGCUGCUUGACAUCAUGGAGAACGAUGCUCCGCAAGCUGAAUUCGCAUUCUUGUCGGCGUGUCAUACUGCCGUUGGUGAUAAGAAGACACCCGACGAAGUUAUCCACCUCGCAGCUGGUCUACAGUUUUCAGGGUUCAAGAGCGUCAUUGGCACGUUGUGGGUUGUCGACGACGCUGUCGCAAAACACGUCGUCGAAGCUUUCUACAAAAAUUUGUUCAAGGAUUUGAAGGAGGGUGACAUGCCGGACUGUACGAAGGCGGCUUGGGCACUGAACAAGGCUACGUACGCUGUGAAGAUGAAAGUGCCGCUCGAGCAGAGAAUUGUUUUUGUUCAUAUUGGUGUGUAAUUCUACGUCGUACUGCUGUCUUUCUCUCUGGAAUUGUUGUUUUAUAUAAGUUCUGUUUUAUUCAUCAGUAAAUCGAUGAGUCCUUGAUAUUGUGGCCGUGGUAACUAUAGAAAAAUAUAAUUUUGCUCCUGCUAAACAUGACCAUUUAUGCUGUCAGAAAUGUUAGUUAUUGAUACAUAGCCAUC